GUAGAAUCCAAGACAAUAAACAUAACCAGUCCCACAUAGAACCCUCCAUUCCGCCCAAACCCCAAUGCUGCACCACAUAAUAUAUAUUUUUUCUGCUUUAUUUUUAUUUUAUUUUAAUUAAUAGAAAUAUUUAUUUAAUAAUUAAUUAAUCCCCCAAAUCUUCUUUCUUACGCUUUCUUCCCACUCCCUGUUCAGUUUUCUCCCUCCAAGAAUUCCGUGCAGAUACCUUUAGAUGUACACAAUUGCGAAAAGGAAAAGCCUCUCAGAAAAUCAAUUCUUUUUUUUUUUUUUCUUUUUUUUUUUGUGUGAAAUAAAGAAGAAUAAAUAGCGAAAAUAAAUUCAUUAGUAUACGAAAUUCAUCAGAAUUGCGUUUAAUUAAUUAAUCAGUAUACGAAAUUUCAUGUGGUGAGAUGUGGGCUACUGUAGAUUUCCUGUGGGAAUCAAACCUCUGCUGUGUGUGCUGUACUUUCGAUAGCGAAAGAAGCUAUAGAGGGGGCGAAACAGUAUGAGCAAUGAGAAUCGGUUUGGACAGCGCAAAAGAGAUAAAAAUCGGUUCAAGUUUGGUAAGAUAAUGCAGUGUCUCUGCUCGGGCGAACAGUCUCGUGGGAAUGAAAUGACCCCUUUUUCCGAAACUCUUUCGACAAAGGAUUGUUCAGCCAGUGUUUAUUCAUCGCGACAUGGAGAAAACGAAAGGAAACCCGAGAGCGGCAACAUUGAAGAAGCCGAAUUAUCGCUUCGUGAAAGCGGCUCUUUAAACUACGAGGAAGCGAGAGCGUUGCUAGGGAGGUACGAGUAUCAAAAGGGGAAUCUCGAAUCAGCUUUGCACGUCUUUGAAGGAAUCGACAUAGCUUCCGUUACUCCAAAGAUCAAAAUCACCCUCUCUAAAAUAGUAGAAAUUCGCAAGAGACGAUCGCAGAAUUACGCAACGCCACCGAUGUCGAUACACGCUGUUAGUUUGCUUUUCGAAGCUAUGUUUUUAAAAGCGGAAUCUUUGAAAGCACUUCGUCGGUAUAAAGAAGCUGCUCAAUCAUGUACGGUUAUUCUGGACAUAGUCGAAUCUACAUUGCCGAAAGGCUUGCCUGAAAAGUUCGGUGCAGACUGUAAAUUACAGGAGACGAUAAACAGUGCAGUCGAGUUACUUCCAGAAUUAUGGAAACUUGCAGAUUCACCUCGCGAAGCUAUUUUAUCGUACCGUAGGGCCCUUCUGAAUCACUGGAACCUAGAUUCUUUGACCACAGCAAAGAUCCAAAAGGAAUAUGCCGUUUUCCUCUUGUACAGCGGAGUCGAAGCUAUGCCGCCAAACUUGAAAUUCCAAAUGGAUGGUUCCUUUGUACCGAGAAACAAUACCGAGGAAGCCGUUCUUCUUCUGAUAAUUCUUUUGAGAAAAGUUACGCUCAAGAGAAUCGAGUGGGACCCGUCGAUUUUGGACCACCUCACUUACGCGUUGUCGAUAUCAAAUGGGCUCGGUGCUUUAGCCAAUCAAGUCGAAGAGCUUCUUCCUGGAGUUAUUGAUCGGAGUGAAAGAUAUCAUAUCUUAGCUCUUUGUUGCCAUGGAGAAGGCGAUGACGUGGAAGCUUUGAAUUUAUGGAAAAGAUUGUUGAAAAUUAACGAGGGUUUGGUUUAUUUGCCUGCUUUGUUAUUCGUUUCGAAAAUAUGUGUUGAAGAAGGGGCUAUUUUUUCUCGUAAAGCGCUUGAAAUUUCGCAUGGGGGUUGUGAUAAUUUGAAGGGUGUCGCGCAGUGCUUGUUGGGCGUUUCGCUCUCGGCAAAUUGUUGCUCUAAUUUGGCUGAUAGUGAGAGAGUUGAAAGAAAAUCCGAGGCGCUUAAAUGUCUUGAAAUUGCUGGGAAAAUGACGAAAAUGAAGGAUCCGAUUGUUAUACACAAUUUGUGUUUGGAAUAUGCUGAGCAGAGAAAGUUGGACGAUGCGAUUCGUUGUGCGAAAAUAUUGCUUAAAUUGGAAGGAGGGUCGGAUAUUAGAGGGUGGAUAUUGUUGGCUCGGAUAUUAUCGGCUCGGAAAUGUUUGUCCGAGGCUGAAAGUAUUGUUAAUGCGGCUUUGGAUCAAACGGGGAUGUGGGACCGGGGCGAACUGUUGAGAAUUAAAGCUAAGUUACAAAUUUCGGAGGGUCGAGUGAAGGAGGGAAUCGAGACUUAUUCUCAGCUUCUUGCUCUGCUUCAGGUUCGGAGGAAAAGCUUUGGUCCGGGAAAGAAGAUUAAGGACGACAAAAACCAUUUCAAGAACUUAGAGCUGGAAACAUGGCACAAUUUGGCUUCCAUCUACAUCAAAUUGUCUCGUUGGCACGACGCGGAGCUCUGUCUUUCGAAAUCUAAAGCCACUAGCGCCUUUUCUGCUUCUAGAUGGCACACGACUGGUUUGCUUAAUGAAGCAAAGGGGGACCACAAAGAAGCGAUGAAGGCGUACGGGCUUGCUUUGGAAGUGGAUCCAAUGCACGUUUCAAGUCUAGUCUCGAUGGCUACAGUUCUCAGACAGGUCAACUGUGGGUCAACGGGUAUUAUUCGAAGCUUUUUGACAGAAGCGUUACGAAUUGACAGAAUGAAUGCAUCUGCAUGGUAUAAUAUGGGGUUGCUUCACAAGGAUGGUGGUAGUUGUUCUUCGGCUUUGGAAGCUUCUGAAUGUUUCCAAGCGGCUACGAUUCUUCAAGAGACUGAACCCGUUGAGCCCUUUCGAUGAUUGAAUACUCGCUGUUUUUUCGAGUCUGUAAGGCUAUAGUGUUGAGCUAAAUAAUUUUAGUUCAUUUAUAAGAGUGUGUGUGUGUGUACUUGUUUGGAGAGAGAAAUAGAAAUUUUGUUUGUGUUGUUGAUAUUGUUUUGAAUUGAGCAGUGAUAAAUUACUUUUUGUGCAACUUUUG